GUAGUAAAUCUACCUACUAUUUUUUUAGCAUUUUUCAAAUAUUUUUUAUUUGAGAAACUAUUUUAAUAUGAUCUUACAAAAUAUGUGGAGACAUUGUCUCUGUGUAAAGUAAGAUUUGAAGUGUUCAACCAUCAAAUUUCAACCAUUAUUCUAAGUACCCUUAAUUAAAUCUCAACCAUCAAUGACCGAUUUUCCCUCCAUCUUCUCUAACAAAACCUCACUUUCUUUCUUUCUUUCUCCCCCUCCCUCUCAAUAGUUCCAAUUUGUUUCCGAACCUUCGAAGUAAGGCACCCAACAAAAUGUCAAAGGCGGUGGUUUAUAUGUUAUUAGCCACCGCCACAUUAUUUCUUUUCAUUGUUCGUUCUCAAACGAACAUUGAAGGAAAAAAGGGUGACCUUAAUAGAAGGUUCGGUUACAAAAUAUUAGAAAGAGCACCGAUUUUUGACCCUAUUGUAACAACAAUUGAGAGAGAGGUGGAACAAAGAAAACAACAAAAAAACAAUAAUUAUUUUGAUGAUAAUAAUGUUGCUGUUCGUCGUACGGGUUUGGGAAGUACAACAUCGGUUAGUGAGGUAGCUGAGACAUAUCAAUAUCUUACAUCGGGUGGAGAACUAAAUACAACAUUAAGGUUAUAUAUUUUGUUUCCUUUGUUGGAUAGAAAACCAAAAGAUGGUUUUAUUGGUUUUGAUGAAUUAGAAAGUUGGAUUAUUCAAAGGGCUAUGGAAAGAUUAGAUUAUGAUACACAAGUUGAGUUAGAUUCUAUGGAUAUGAAUGGUGAUUUGGCUGUGUCUUUUAAGGAGUAUCUACCUCACAUAUCUAAAAAUGAAGAGAAAAAUAAUAUGACACAAGGAGAAGCAGAGUGGUGGAUGGAAAGAUUUAACAUUGCAGACUAUGAUCACGAUGGCAUUCUUAACUUCACCGAGCUUAGAGAUUUUUUGCACCCAGAAGAUAGCCAAAAUCAUGAAAUGUUGACAUGGAUGGUUAGAGAUAAACUUAAGCACAUGGAUGAUCUUGAAAUUGAUGGGAAAUUAAAUUUCAAUGAGUUUGAAGAACAUGUAUAUAGCACAUAUGAAAGUUAUAUGGACUUUGAAACCAAUGGAGGGGAUGUACCUAAUGCAAAGGAUAAAUUUGCUGAGCUUGAUGUGAACAAUGACCAAUUCUUGUCACCUGAAGAAUUGCUACCUAUAGUACCUUACCUCUACCCUGGAGAAAUUGCUUAUGCUAAAUAUUACACAAGUUACUUGAUGAAUGAGGCUGAUGAUGAUGAAGAUGAACGAUUGACACUCCAGGAGAUGCUAAAUCAUGAAUCUGUUUUCUAUAACACAGUUCAUGAAGAUGGUGAUGGUUAUGAGGAAAAUGAUGAUGAACAUGAUGAGCUAUGAUUAGAAAUCAAGUUUUGACGUAUAUAAAUGUAGUGAACUAGUUCUUCCAAAUUUUGGUUUUGUAUAAAAAAAAAAAAGAGAACACAAACAAAUCCAAUUAAAUGGACACAUUUUUGACCUUUCUCUUUAACUCGAUGGUUGAAUAAUUUAAGAUUUUAAUAGCCUAAGUUCAUUUUCAUUGCUACACGUACACUCCCAUUUGAAAUGGUAGUUGAGUUAUUGAAUAUGAGAUAAGAGAUGAUGGAAAUCCUACUUAAAA